AUGGUGAAGUUAGGAUAUCAUUUGGCCGAGACCAUUGACAAGAAUAACGAUUCAUCUACAUUCUCUUCCAAUAGCAACUGGUGGAAGCGACUUUGGGCUCUCAAGCUCCCUAAAAAAGUCAAAAUUUUUGUUUGGAGAGUGAUUAAUGAUGAUUUGCCUACUGCUGUUAAUCUUUUGCACAGGAAAGUCAUUCAAUCUAGUGCUUGUUCAUUAUGCAAUUGCUCAAGAGAGACUUUGGUUCAUGCUCUUUUUCUGUGUACUCGAGCUCAACAGGUUUGGUCUCUGUUACCUUCUUUCACGGCUGUUCCGAAUAUUUCCCAACUGAAUGGAUUUGAAAUUUUUUCUUCCCUUGCUGCUGCCACUUCGAACUCUGACUUGGAGAGAAUUUUGUGUCGUAUGUGGAGUAUAUGGACUGAAAGAAAUAUGGAGACUCAUGGCACUAAACCGAAACUGGCCUCCCUUAUUUGCACUUUUGCUGACAAUUAUGUUCAACAAUACAUUAAUUCCUCUUUGCAGCAAACCUCAUUAGAGUCAAGCUCUUCUGCUCAGUCUUGUUCAAGCAGUAUGGAGCAAAAUAAUGGGAACACUUGUCCUACUGUCACAGUCAAAUGA